AUGUCGCGACCUAAGGUACUGUUACUAGGCAAGGUCUUCUUCGCGACGGGUCCUUGGGAGGCAAUUGCAGAUCGAGCGGAGGUGCUUCAGCCGCAGGCCAGUACCCGAGAAGAGUUCAUUAAAGAAUGUCGCUCGGGACGUUUCGACGGUGUCGUGGCAUUGUACCGUGCGGCCGUCACGGUAGCCGGUAAAUUUGACGCAGAGAUGGUUGCAGCAUUGCCGGCGUCGCUGAGAUUCGUGUGCUAUACAGGCGCCGGCUAUGACUCGAUCGAUGUCGCGGCGUGCACCAAGGCCAAUAUCCAGGUGGCGAACGUCAAAGCGGCCGUCGACAAUGCUACCGCCGACACCACACUGUUCCUCGUACUGGGCGCACUUCGGCUUUUCAAUCCGGCCAUCUUGCAGCUACGAGCCGGCAAGUGGGACCAGGACUGCCCAAUGGGUAUGGAGCCCGCAGGCCGGACAUGUGGUAUACUUGGUAUGGGUGGCGUUGGCAAAGGCGUUGCCCACAGGUGUAAGAGUAUCGGCAUGAAGAUCAUCUACCACAACAGAUCGCCCGCCUCUGGUGUUGACGCAGACAUCACAUACGUCAGCUUUGAUGAUUUACUCGCCACAAGCGAUGUGAUCGUGUUGUGCUUGCCACUGAACGACAGGACAUUUCACAUUAUCUCCACAGCAGAGUUCGAGAAGAUGAAAACCGGUGUGACAAUUGUCAACACAGCUCGCGGUAAGGUCAUGGACGAAGAGGCUCUCAUCACAGCCCUGGAAAGUGGCAAAGUCUGGUCCGCUGGACUCGACGUAUUCGAGAAGGAGCCCGAGGUCGACGAUCGGCUUGUAGCUAAUAAGCGUGUGCUCAUGUUGCCUCAUGUUGGUACUUAUACGCAGGAGACUCGGGGUCAAAUGGAGGGAUGGGCGAUCUCGAACCUUCUUUCGGUACUGGAGACAGGCAAGCUGAGGAACAGAGUGCCAGAGCAGGUGGAUCUGACGUUCGACGCUUGA